UGUCGGGGUGCCGAUGGUGCUGAUGACUGAGCCGCGGUGCGAUGCAGAUGAGCCCAUGGCUGGGCGGGCCGCCGGCAGGCGGGAAAACAGGAGCACCUUGCGGCUUUCAGAUGGAGAAAAUGGAACAGAUGAAAAACGAAAGGCAGGAAGGUCACCUACUGUGUUGCUGCAGACCCCUUCCAGUGAAAUGGAAUAUUUUGAUGACCGGAAAAAAAUUGAUGUUGCUAGGUCAAAGAGCAGCACAGAUAGUUCAUUCCUGACAAUGGAUAUCAAGAGUGACUCCAAGAUUGAAAAGAAAAAACGUGCCUCAAAUCAGCUGAAGGCAAAUGCACACUUUCAUAAGCUGUUUCUAGAUGUUCCCAUUGAUGAGCCACUGAAACAAAGCUUUACAUGUGCUCUGCAGAAAGAAAUUCUGUACCAAGGAAAGUUAUUCCUUUCUGAAAACUGGAUCUGCUUCCAUUCCAAGGUUUUUGGCAGAGAUACAAAGAUUAGUAUACCUGUACUCUCAGUGACACUGUUGAAGAAAACCAAAACUGCCCUUCUUGUGCCAAAUGCUCUGAUCAUAGCAACAGUUACAGACAGAUACAUGUUUGUGUCCUUGCUCUCCAGAGAUACCACAUACAAGCUAUUAAAAUGUAUCUGUAGACAUCUCGAGGAUACAAGCAUGGGCAACAGUCCAAAUCCCUCUUCUGCAGAAAACAGCUUCAGGGCUGAUCGUCCUACAACUCUGCCCAUGGAUUUCAAUGAAUAUUCUGAUCUGGAUGGAAUAGUGCAGCAGCGGAGACAAGAGAUGGAGGAGUCCAGCAGCACAGACUCUCAGACCCCAGAGCUGGAAUGCUUCCAAGAUUGUCAUGUCAUUGAGACACAGCCUCACUUAAAAGUUUCCAAGAGUGAGGCAAAGUCUGCCCGUUCAGAUGCACACGGUAAACGUGGACCUGAUGGAAAAGCCUGUAACAGUCCUCGAAAUGGCCAUUCAGAAGCCCUCAGGCUCUUCUACAAAGUGAAGUCUCAGAAGCUCUUAUCUCUGAACCACGUACUUAUAUUAUAUGCCAUUGUUGUUUGUGUAUUAAUAUUUUCUACCUUCUACAUGAGAUACAAAAUCAGUAUCUUGGAGGAACAUCUUAUUUCCAUCGCAUCUUUUGAUUCGCAUAUUAAGGAAAAUCCAGCGCGACAAGGUUUGGGAUCUCAUCUGCAAAUUAAUGCCGAUGCUCUUUGUGAUGAGUUAACUGCUAAUCUUAUAACACUGGAAAAGAUACAAAACAACUUACAAAAACUACUUGAAGAUGGAGAAUGAAAUAUCAAUAUUCUUGGAUGGCUUUAGACUUUAUUCUUCUCU